CUCAAGAUAAUUGAUUGUAUCCAACCAUGUCACAAUUAGCCGCCACCAGCAGCUACAAGCCGCCAGAUUUGACGUAUACACCCGGCGAUCUCACCGAGCCAAAGUACCGUCUACCCUCGCAUCAGCUGCUUCUGGACGAGAAGCGGGAUCGAGACAAUGGCGUGGAACGCGAACUGCCCUUGAAUCGUCUCUACCUCGGCGAUCACGAGUGCCCGGCCCCAAAUAAGUACCGUAGUGCGGCAGAGGCUGCUAGAGAAGUCAAUUCGGCGGCGGGACGACAGUUUCCGGCCUUGGCUGCUGCCCAAGCCCGCUACGCCGGUCAUUUGGACACCAGCAGCGAUAUUGUAGAUCUAGCGCCAUUGCCCUCAACCGUCGGCUUUGGGACGGGCAAGGAGCUGACCUCAGUGGUGCCCACACUGCCGCCUGUGGUGACGGUGCCAGACUACUCAGCCGAUCCGGAUCUAAUCAAGAAAAUGCCAUUGCAUUCCAUAACCGAGAAGCCAAACGAGCGCUGCCCCUCCCCGGUGGUGCCAGCUUACGCCAACUUCGAGCUGGCCAAGCGUAUGCAUCAAGAUAAUCUGGACCACCAGCCUCUGCCCGAUUGUGUUGCAGAUCUCGCCUUUCGGAAAGCUCAAAUUAGCGGCGGCCAUGGGGGACUCGCGCUCGACAUCGAUCCCAUUGCGACUGGCGUUGGCGUAAAGACGCACAAUGCCGGUCCGACGCACUGCACCAAGUUGCGGGUGUACCGUCCCAAGACUGGUGGAGGUGUGGUGCCAAAGGCCUAUGUGGGCGAUACGUUUCGUGGAAUUGGCUCGGCACCUACCAAAAAAAUGGGACCCAUGGAUCUGGCCAUCUGCUGGGACUACAAGCCCGCCAAUCCCACAGAUGAGCCACGACCCAGUAGACACAUCGACGGCUCCAAUGAGUCGGCUGGACCGGCCGUCUUCACCUGCGUUAAGACGCCACGCGAGGAGAACAUGGGCGAUCUGGGACGUUCUGCCGGCAUCUUUACCAAUACGCUAGGCGAGGCCGACUUCUUCGACAAGGACAUACUGCGUCGCAAGACCGACUUUGGUGGACGGCAUAUUGAACGCGAGAACAAUUGUGCCUGCGAUUAUGGACCACCGCCUCCAAGAGCUCGCAGCGUAUCCCGAGACUCAAGCGCCUCCCACUGUCGGCGCGGAAUUGGCAGCGGGGGUGGAGGCGGAGGCGGAGGUGUAGGUGUAGGUGGUUGUGGCAUGCCCAAUCGGUUGGCCAAACAAUAUCAAUCCUCACCCAUGCUUACCGAUAAAACAUAUCAAGCACUGCGGGAGAAGUAUUUGGGACCCGAUACCGGCACAGGUGGCUGCGAUGGCGGCGCACUACUGGACCACGGCUGCCGUCCGGCGGGGCCGGCAUGCAAACGCGACGCAUUGUCGCUGCUACGGCGGCCGACCCGCCGUCUUUGCCAUAAGGUGGCGCCGGCGCCGGCACAGAAAUGCUGUCAGACAUCCCCAUUUUCUCACUGUAUGACCAGUAAGGCGGCUUUUCGGGUCGGUGUGCCAAAGCACAAUGCCGUCGGCGAUUUUGUGGGCGCGAAUGAUGCCUGUGGCGCCAGUGGCAGUCGCGUUCUGGUGGUGCCACGCCCCCGCAACCCCUACUCAAAGAAAAACUACGACAUCGACACCCUAGUGCCCCCUUUCCGCAGUCAAGGAGGCGGUGCCGGCCAAGGUGGCUAUCCAGAGCACUGGCGCCUAGCCAGCGUCUAUCAGCACGCCUACAAGCCGAUGGAGCAACGCCGCCGGCCACUGCUGCAGACCGUUUACAAGUGAAGUACAUCCGAGCUCUAAUUUCAAAAAUAUCCAUCAGCACUCACUCUGUAUACACAAGCCCUCACAAUCACUCCAGACUUUAAAGAAAUUAUAAUUUUUAGAUUUUAA